UCAAUACGUAAAACUGCCUCUUCAUUUUGUCUCCUUCUGCAUUCUUGCUCUAUUUCUGUACUGUGCUUUGUUGAGAAUGGUGGAACAGUUUACAGAGAGUCAAAUUGAUGAAUUUAAGGAGUGCUUCUCACUGUUUGAUGGGGACAGUGAUGGCAUGAUAACUGAACAGGAACUAGCACUGACCAUGCGAUCCUUGGGAGAGAAUAUCACACAUGUAGAAAUUGCUGCGCUUAUGAAAAAGGCUGGUAAGCAGAAAGUGCGAUUCCCAGAAUUCUUGAAGAUGAUGGCAGAACAGCAUAAAAAGAACUUAAACUCAGAGCGUGAAAUUUUGGCUGCUUUUACAGCUUUAGACAGGAACAAAACUGGUGUUGUGAGUCGCAAGCAACUACAGCAUCUAAUGACAGGCACAGGGGAUAAACUCACACCUGCAGAAUUUCAACAGAUGUUAAAGGAUUUGAACUUGGAAGGUGGCAGCUCUAUUAAUUAUUCAGAUCUUGUGCGAGCUGUAACCCACUGAGGGAAAGGUGAUGGUGCAGAAAAAACUGUUACAUAUUUGUCCUUUACCAUCCUUGCAAACUAAACUUUAUGCGCAUAACUUUUUAUUGAAAUCAUGUUCUUCCUGAUUUGAACCAUCAGCGUGGUAUUACUGCUAUUGGUAUGCUAUAGAAAGAACCCUUUGUAAAGAGAUUUGUUUGAGAAUACCAAGAAAUCUUGUAAAGCAACCAUGAGAAAGAAGCAAUCUGGGGUGUUAAUGUCAAUUUUGUGGCCAUCACAUCUGAAGAUAAGCAUUGUAAAAAUUAUUUAUAGGUGUCAUCCAAGUACUAUUUAUAGAGUUUUAUUGCUUUCCUCUCACUGCAGUCUUCUCAGAAAGAUAUAAAAGGUUAAGAUUACAGAGUUUGGACUGCUUUUAGCAUUCAUCAGGCAAUGAGGUUGCAUAAUUUGUCAACCUCAAUGCCUGAAGGGAUUAGUGCUGUGUGUCUUAAAAAUUUUUACAACUAACUACUAAUUAAAUGUUGUUAGAAAUGGUUGUGAAAUGAUGUAAGGAGCUAUGUUUUGCCACAAAUUGGCCUCCAAUAAAGUUAACAGUGUAAUUUUUAGUAUGUUAAUUGGGUUUAUUGGCAGGAAACAGGGAAUGCAGGAGUAAGAAUUACUGAUUCAGAAGUUGAAUCAUUUUUUUUUUUUAUGAAAGUAAAAGAAGAAUUCUAGUCGCACUCAAUGAUGUAUUUACAAAAAUUGCAUUUAUUGGAGUGACAUAUGAUUAAGAUUGGUUAAUGGUGACACAAUAAGAUCUGGUAUUUAUGAACCACUUGGAAUUAUUAAGGGGGAUUUAGAACUGUAGCUGAAUGAAAUAAAUGCUUUGAAAUUCUG